GGGAUGUAUGGUUAAGUAAACCUACCGAAUGCUGGAUAGCCUGGAUACAGUGGACAUGGAGAGGAUGUUUCCAUUAGACGGAGAGUCUGUGAUCUGACAGCAUAGGCUCAGAAUAAAGACGCUUCCCUUUAAAAUUGAGUUAGACCUGCGGUGAGAGAUUUAUUGGAAUAAAAAACCCAACUGGAAGCAAACCACGACUGAAGAUGAGGGAACAUCAACAAGUGAACCAGCCCGAGGAUUGAGAGCAUCAACUGAAGAGAAUCCAUCUGACUCGGAGAUUCCAGUGAUUCAGUCAGGAGAAAGUUUGGUGCUGGAGUGGUGAGAUUCACGUGAGUAAUCUCCGUUAGACCUGCGGUGAGAGAUUUAUUGGAAGAAAAGCCCACAACUGAAGCAAACCACGACUGAAGACGAGGGAACAGCAGCAAGUGAACCAGCCCGAGGACUGAGAGCACCGACUGGAGAGAAACCCUUCUGACUCAGGAUUUCCAUUGAUUCAGUCAGGAGCAAGUCUGGUUAGAAAUUUGAAGGAAUUUGUCUACAGGAAUCUCAAACACAGCACACCAGUUUUGCUGUCUCUGUCCAGAUAUUUAAGAAGUGGAGCAAGGGAUUCAUUCAACCAGCCUUGCUGCUCAGAUUAUGGGCAGGGAUUCACUCUGUCAUCUGACCGACUGGCAUGCAUGCCAGUUUAAAAAAGGGGAGAGGACGUUCUCCUGCUCAGACAGUGGAAAUGGAUUCAGUUGGUCAUUUCAACUGAAGGUACAUCAGUAAGUUCACACUGGAAAAGGCCAUUCACCUGUUCUGUGUGUGAGAAGAGAUUCAGUCGGUCUUUCCACUUGUGGACACACCAGUCAGUUCACACUGGGCAGAGGCUGGUCUUCUGCUGAAUUUGUGGGGAAGGAUUCUCUCGGUCAUCUGAACUAAUGGCUCACCAGCGAGUUCACACCGGGGAGCGGCCGUUCACCUGCUCAGACUGUGGGAAGGGAUUCACUGAGUCAUCUGGACUAGUGGUACACCUGCGAGUUCACACAGGGGAGAGACCGUUCACCUGCUCAGACUAUGGGAAGAGAUUUACUCAGUCAUUGGAUUUCCAGGUACAUCACCGAGUUCAUACGGGGGAGAAACCAUUCACCUGUUCUGACUGUGGGAAGGGAUUCCAUGGAUCAUCUGACCUUAAUAGACACCAGCGAUUUCACACUGGGGAGAAGCCGAUCACUUGCCCAGUCUGUGGGAAAGGUUUCACUUUAUUAUCUGACCUACGGAGACACCAAUCAGUUCACACUGGGGAGAGGCCCUUCACCUGCUCAGUCUGUGGGAAGACAUUCAGUCAGUCAUCCGACCUACAAAGUCACAAACGAGUUCACACUGGAGAGAAGCCAUUCACCUGCUCAGACUGUGGGAAGAGAUUCACUCAAUCAUCCCACCUACAGAGUCACCGGAAAGUUCACACUGGGGAGAGGCCGUUCACCUGUAGUAAAUGUGGGAAGGGUUUCACUCAGUUAUCUAACCUUGUGACACACUACCGGGUUCACACUAGGAGAAACUUUUAAUAAGCUGCAUGCUGGAUAUUUGUCCAUCACCGUUGCUGAAUACAAUUUUGAUAGUGACUGUCAGUGCUGAACUCUGCAAUUAUUGCUGAUGCUCACCACACCCAGUUCUGCACCCUGGUCACUGGGUGACUGGGAGGAGUUUUUUUCUGAUGCAUAUUCACCUUUAAUGGGACUGGAGUUUAAUAUUCUGGAUCUGAGACAAAUAAAUCAGUUCUAUUUUGAACUUCG